CAAGUAGCAGGAUCUUGAUGACUUAACUCCUUCCUAUUCUGUCAUUACGGAUUUUCGAAGAAGAUGAGAGGAAAAUUUGGAAUUGCUGUCACACUAAUCCAAGUUAUUUUCAUACUUAUCUAUGCUUUCAUCGUUGAAUAUGGUGACGAUCUGGAUGCUGGUAACCCCAUCCAUAACAAAGACCCCCAAAAAGGGGGUCAAGAUCCAAAAGAAAACAGCCUUCCGAGGUAUUAUCCAAUGUUCCAAGAUAUCAAUGCAAUGAUCUUCAUCGGCGUUGGACUGCUGUAUGCAUUUUUGAGAAAAUAUGGCUACAUGGGAAUGGGUAUGAACUUACUCAUAGCAGCUAUUUCUAUGGAAUGGUCGAUUAUAACCAAAAACAUAUGGAAUAUGAAUGAUGGAAAAAUAAAAAUAGAUAUUUACAGUCUCAUAAAAGGAGAAUUCGCUGCAGCUAGCGCUGUCAUAGCACUUGGAGCAAUUUUUGGAAAAGUAAGCCCUCUACAGAUAGUUAUUUUCACACUGACAGAGGUGUUCUUCUACACAACAAGUGAAUAUUGUACGUCUACGUUCCUUGAGGUUACUGAUAUUGGAGGUUCAGUUUCUCUGCAUUUGUUCGCUGCUGUCUUCGGUUGCAUAACGGCUUAUGUACUUGACAGGAAUGUGAAAGUACAAGAAAAUUCUAAUGAAGGUUCCAGUUACAAUUCAAACUUAUUUUGCUUGAUAGGAACAGUCCUAUUGUGGGCUUUCUGGCCAAGUUUCAACUCGGCUGAAGCAACUGGCGAUCGUCAACACAGAACUGUAAUAAAUACCCAUCUUGCUUUUCUUGGAAGCUGUUUGACAGCUUUCGCUACGUCAUCAUAUCUUAAUAAGGAUAAUAGAUUUAGUACGAGUCACAUACAGAAUGCCGUUCUUGCCGGAGGCGUGGCUGUGGGAGCUGUAGCAGAUCUUAUGAUUCAACCAUACGAAGCCUUAUUAAUAGGUGCUAUAGGAGGAGUUAUAUCUGUUUUAGGAUUCAAAUACUUUACGCCCUUUUUAUCAAAGAUUAAUAUUUACGAUCCAUGUGGCAUCAACAGUUUGCAUGGAAUUCCGGGACUGUUUUCGGGACUCUGCAGUGUUGCCGUCGUCUUAAUGGCAAAUGAGGAAACUUACGGUUUUAACUUAUACAAAUUAUAUCCAGCUAUAUCUCCUCAAGUGAAUACAACUGCUUAUUGGGAGAUAAAGGGAAACUUAUCAGACUUAGCUCCUGGUAUCGGACGAUCUCGUGAAAUGCAAGCUUCGUACCAAUCGAUAUAUAUCCUAAUAACUAUUGCUUUUGCACUUCUAACUGGCUCAAUAACAGGUUUGCUUUUACGUUUAAAGAUUUUUGAUCCUUUAGAAGAUAAACAUAUGUACUUGGAUGACGUCUUUUGGGAAGUUCCAGAAGUAAAAGAAAAGUAGUUCAAAGUGGCAAGCAGUAAAUAAAUAACCAUAUCACCCAUCUCCCUAGUUUCAAUACAUUCACGUAAAAUAUUUCAUAAAUUUUCAUAUUCUGUUAAUAUUAGACAACAUAACAAUUUCGUGAAAUAUGAAAAUGUUUUGUUAAAAGGAUAUGCAAUGAAGUGUGAAUAUCUGCAUACCGCUGUAUAAAUCAAAAUAUUUAAAAUAAAGAUCAUAUUUACUUUUGUA